AUGGGGAGAGACAAUGAGACGAUCACCACAGACUUCAUCCUCCUGGGACUCUGGCCUGAAUCCCGCCACCUCGUUAUCCUCAUCUGCCUCAUCCUUCUCGUUUACUUUCUGGCUGUCAUGGGCAAUGCUGUCCUCAUUCUCCUCAUCUGGCUGGAUUCCCGACUCCACACUCCCAUGUAUAUUCUGCUCAGCCAGCUGUCCUUCAUCGACUUCACUUUGAUCUCAACUACUGUCCCCAAAAUGGCCACAAACUUCUUCUCAGGGAGGAGAACCAUAUCACAGGUUGGCUGUGGAGCCCAGAUCUUUAUUAGUCUAACCCUAGGAAUUGCUGAGUGCCUCCUGCUGACCUUCAUGGCCUAUGACCGCUACAUCGCCAUCUGUAACCCCCUGAGGUACUCCAUCAUCAUGAACCGCAGCCUCUGCACACAGAUGGUCAUAGUGUCCUGGGCAGGAGGAGGAGCCACCUCCUUGGUUCAUACUGCCUAUGCCAUGCACUUCCCCAUCUGUCGCCCCAGAGUAAUCCCACACUUUCUCUGUGAGGGAAUAGCUCUGUUAAAGCUGACGUGUGAGGACAUUUCCUCAUACAUGAAGUCAGUGGUGGUGUCCUGCUUCCUGGUGGUUCUCAUUCCCCUGAGUCUCAUCCUGGCCUCCUACACCCUCAUCUUCCUUGCUGUCCUCCGCAUGAGCUCUCCUGAGGGCAGGAGCAAGGCUCUGGCCACGUGCUCCUCCCACCUCUGUGUGGUCACACUGUACUUCGGCCCUGCCAUAUUGGUUUACAUGAGGCCUGGCUCCUCGAAGACACCCAAAUUAAACCAGUCUCUCUUCAUGUUUAACGCCAUCCUUACCCCCAUGCUUAAUCCUCUCAUUUAUAGCCUCAGAAACAAGGAUGUCAUAGCAGCUUUAAAGAAUACAAUCUUCAGUAGAUGCCCCCUACAAAAGAUGAAACACCACUGGGUUACCUUGUGUAAUGACCCAGUUAAGGAAAUAAGCACUUCCAUCGCUUCGCAGUUAAUCCUUGUUAAGCAUGAAUAUUGUGGGAAGCAGCUGAAGCUGGACACUGAUCACAAUCACACGUGUGAGCCAGAGCAAGACCAGCAUCAGGAACACUUGGGCACCUCAGUAGAUGAAUCCAGUGAUGAGCACCACACCCCCAUGACCCAAUUACUCCCAGAAGCCCCCACCAAGAGCAUAGAGGUUUUGGGGUACACCAAGGGCCUAAUCAAGCAGAAGACGGUGGAACAAGAGGGCAACGGCCUCAUCCAGCCUAAAAGAAAGGAGGUCACGCUCAAGACUCUGCCCUCAGUGGGACAGACCUCAGGACCCUCUCUCCUGUCACGUCAUCACCCAAAGAGUUCGCAGAUGUGGGAACUUGCCAGAUGUCGAGAGUUACUGAGGUGUAUUACCACACCCCCAUUUGUUUGCCUUCCCACUGGAGAAAGGAGCUGGGUUCCCAUCAUUGCUGCUGUACAGUGUGAAAAGUCGGGAGGUGGUUUUAGCCAUCUCAAUGCUCCUGCUCCCCGGUGCCUGCUGAUGGGAAACACGCCGCUCCGUGCCUACGUGCCAUCAACUACAUGA